GUUCAGAUCUCUUCCUCUGCCAGCCGGUGAAGGGCAAAGUCCGAGGGCGCUACCGCCUCACCGGCUCCAGUGAUCGUCCCGGCGCUCCCUUCCUCGCAACGUCAGGACCGGAGAUCUGCGCGGGAGUGGCUCUCUACGCAUCCAAGCAUCGCCGCUGGUCUUCUCUCGUAAGGCUUUCCCUUCGUCGCUAUGGAUAAACUGGCUAAUGCAAACUCGCAGUUUGCUCUGGAUCUUUUCCAAAAGUUGACGGAAGCCCACCCAACCGGCAACGUUUUCUUUUCUCCGCUCAGUGUAUCGUCCGCCCUGGCCAUGGUCGCCUUAGGGGCCCGCGGUAACACAGCCUCGGAACUCCUGAAGACAUUUCAUUUUGAUGGAGUUGAAGAUCUUCAUUCAGUAUUUCACACGCUCAAUACUAAAAUUAACCGGAGCAAUGCACUCUACGUUCUGAAACUUGCUAAUAGAUUGUAUGGAGAAAAAAAUUUCAACUUUUUGUCUGAUUUCUUGACUAGCACCCAGAAUUUGUAUGGAGCUGAAUUAUCCACAGUGGAUUUCUUGAAUGCUCCAGACAAGGCAAAAAAGGAAAUUAACCAAUGGGUUGAACAGCAGACUGAAGGUAAAAUCCCAAAGUUGUUAUCUGAAGGAUCCAUCGAUGAAAUGACUAUAUUGGUUUUGGUGAAUGCUGUCUACUUUAAAGGCAACUGGGCAAAGGCAUUUAAAGAAAAAGAUACUGAAGACAAGCCUUUUAAACUAAAUAAGAGAGAAAAGAAGCAUGUGAAGAUGAUGUUUAUGAAAGAGAAGCUUCCCAUUGGUUAUAUCUCUGAAUGCAAGUGUCGUGUGUUGGAACUGCCAUACAAGGGAGAGGAUCUUAGCAUGAUCAUCCUUUUGCCUGACAGCAUUGAGGAUAAUUCCACAGGCCUGGAACAGCUGGAGAAGCAGCUUACUUUGGAAAAACUGCAAGAAUGGACCCAGUCCAAAAAUAUGAACUCCAGCGUGGACGUCAAUGUACAUCUACCUAAAUUUCAGCUGGAAGAAAACUAUGAUCUUAAACCUUACUUUGUAGCAUUGGGGCUAGUAGAUGUGUUUGACAAGGGCAAGGCUGAUUUGUCUGGAAUGUCACCAGCUCAGAAUCUCCAUGUGUCCAAAAUUGUUCACAAGUCCUUUCUAGAAGUAAAUGAAGUGGGCACUGAAGCAGCAGCUGCUACUGCUACAAUUAUGGCUAAUUCUCGGCCCGUGGAGAAGAAUUUUAAUGCUGACCAUCCUUUCUUAUUUUUUAUCCGUCAUAAUCCAACAAACACGAUACUUUUCCUUGGUAGAUUUGCUUCUCCAUAAAGAGUAUCGUAAGUCAUAAAACCAACUUCCAGCGUCCUAGCAAAUACUUGUUUCUCUGCCUGCUUGGGGGAAUUGAACAAGUUGGGUUCCUCCAGAUAUAUUCCAUUUUUGAUUUUCUUGAACACCUGAGCCUGUUAACAGGUUUUAUGUGACACUUUGUUCUAAAGGGUAGCUGUUAUGUAUGUAGAUUUUGGGCAGGCAGUUUGAAUUAACUGACCGUCAGCUGAUUGGCUGACCACCACAGCUGCAAGGUAUAUAAAGGAAGCUGUUUCCCCUGGUCAGUGGCUGGGUUCUCACCCUACAAUAAAGAGCUGUUGUCACUCGCUGCCUGGCUUGCUGCGUCCUCAUUCACCCAAUUUAACAGUAGCCAUCUCUAAUCUAGGACAUUCAAGGUUUGUUUGACUGGAGUUCCUUUAAUUUCCAUUUAGUUAGGAAUUCUGGGAAUUGUAGUUUGAGCUGUUUGGAAGCCACCAGGCAGGGGGAAGCUACUCUGCAAUGUAUUUGUAAAAGAAAUAACACAUGAAUUACUGAAAUAAAGUUGGCCUUCAUUCAAUAUAA